UGGCAGGCACAGGCAAAGACAUGCUUCUUUACUGGGGCUCAGGUAGUCCUCCUUGCUGGCGCCUGAUGAUAGUACUGGAGGAGAAAGGACUGUCAGACUGCGAGAAGAAGAUAAUUUCGUUCUCAGAGAAGGGGCACAAAUCUGAUGAAGUGCUUAAGCUGAACCCUCGCGGACAGGUUCCAACAUUCAGGUGUGGAAAUCUUGUUAUCAAUGAGUCCAACGCAUCAUGUUUGUUUCUGGAGGACACAUACAAAUCUGGAACCCAGCUGAUUCCCAGUGAGCCAGCCAGGAAGGCCAAUGUUCUGCAGAGAAUGUUUGAG